AUUUACGGCAAAAAAAUUCACAAUACCUUUAAAGUAUAAUGGUUUAAUAUAUCAACCAGCUGUGCACUGAGCUAUGAAAGAGAAAGCAUUUUUUUAAAACGUGCAACGCAGCGACUUCCUGAAUUCAGUAACGGUAUGUGUGGAAAUACUUCUGUAAAAAAAAUACUCCUUACAAGGAGGAAAGAAGGUAUGGCGAUGUGUCUCGACUUGAAUGCAGUACCCAUAACAAUCAGUUACAGAACUGUCACAGUAGAACCCUUUAAACUCAAACCCCGCAGCUGAUUGGUUGUUAAAUGGUGGCGAUGGGGCAACAGCAGAUAAAAUACAAAGAAACUACAGCAAAUGUAUUAUAAAUUGAAGUAGGAAAUGUGUAUAUUUUAUGAUAUCUUGGAUCGGUCAGUUUGUACAUGCAGUAUAAAAUUAUUUAAAUUGCAGAAACUUUGAACAAACAGCUUUUAAGCUUUCGCAAUUAAAGCGUGGAAUGCGAGAGUUUAUGAAUCGGCUCUACAGUAUUUCCAACCGUCCGAAUUGACUUCCUUCCUGCGAAUGCUGCAAUGAGAGUGGGAAAUCCCACAAAGAAGUGCACAAAAUAUCUAUCCACUCCUAUCGUUUGAGGACUGCAGUAACGUUUCACCCAAACUCUUGAAAAACCAAGAUUACAAUAGCUGGUUUUAAUUUAGUAACACGGUGAAUUAAAGAACCCACUAUUGUGGAUGUGAAAUGUCACAACUAUGUUUAUCCCAGAUGUUAUAUAUUAAAUGGAGCAUUGCGCGUUCUACGGGGAAAGCUGACAAUGUACUUCGGAAUUCCAAAAGAGGUUAAAAUAUUUUUCCGCCUGUUCAAAAUUAUGCAACAAUUUCUUGUGACAGUUGUCUGGUGACAAUAUCUAGUUGUAGUCCAACUCAGUAAGUCCACAAAUGCGUGUAAAUCUGCCUGAUUACUACUGUCUGCACCACGUAUUUAUUGAACGUAUAAACCGUGUUCAUUCACUAAAAUCAGUAUCUUUGCACGGGAGUAGACUAAAAACGCAACCUGAGCUCAUAACGGGAAGGAAAACAAGAUUAGCAUCGAGGGUUCGUGCGAUUAUUGUGUUGUGAAAAUAUCGUUGAGUUGGAAGGCACUAUUCCUGGGCGAUGUUUAAAAGCUGGUUACAACACUCUGUUGAAUAGCCCUGGAGCCCGGGAAGACUUUCUGACGUCUUUUGCGCAUUUCCUGCAUCAAGGCCAACAGAGGAGGAGGGAAAACGAGAGAGAAAGAGAGAGAGAGAGAGAGAGAGAGAGUAGGAAAUCACCGCAGCUACCAACAACAGUCUCAGCAGUUUGGCUCCGCGAGUUGCCAACAGCAGCCAGCAAACAAAAACAACAAAAAGAAAACAGGUAGUGGCGAUAAUCACAUUGCUCUACGCCCCCUCCCUCACUCUGUGUAAUUUUAGUAAUAUAAAAACAAAAGCCCAGUUUGUUUGGACACAAAACAAAAAGUCGAUUUCCUGCAUGUAACCCCCUUAUGCAGAGGGUGGCUGAGUGUGGAUCAAGCCGAAAGGGGGAAGAGAGGCUAUGCGGACCGCUAGAUGAGGAGCAGAAGACCACUUAUUCAUUACCUUUUAUCUGGGCAAAUUUUCGGUGGUAAAAAAAAGUUUGGGAGGAUUCUCUCUCCUUUUCCCACUCUCACCCCCACCUCCUCCCUCCCUCCUUCCCUCGUCCUCCCUGUUUUCCCUCCAAGGAUUUGAGCGAGGAGUUUGAGGGGCCGGGGUGCUUUUUUUUUGCUGCCUGCUUUCCUGAGGUCACUUCGCACCGCAGCUCCGGCGUUAGAGGAACCGGCCGCCGGUGGGUCGAGGGUCUCCCUCGAUACGAGAAUCUCUCUGCUCCCUUCCUCCUUGCGCCCUUCUCCGCCUUCCUUGACGAAAAGUAGCAGUGGAUCCAGGCGGGCGAGCGGAGGAUUCGGACGGCAGCGCCUGGCGGGCGGGCGGAUUCACCUCCCCCACCCUCCUUACCCCCUCUCCGUAGAGCGGAGCGAUGGUCGUCUUUAACGGGCUGCUGAAGAUCAGGAUCAGCGAGGCUGUCGACUUGAAGCCCACCCCGUGGUCGCUGAGGCAUGCUGUGGGUUCCAGGCCCCAGACUUUCCUGCUCGACCCUUACAUUGCGGUCAACGUUGACGACUCGAGGAUCGGCCAGACGGCCACCAAACAGAAAACUAACAGCCCCGCCUGGAACGACGAUUUUGUUACCGACGUGUGCAACGGCAGGAAAAUCGAGCUGGCCGUCUUCCACGAUGCGCCCAUCGGUUACGACGAUUUUGUGGCCAACUGUACCAUUCAGUUCGAGGAUCUAUUGCAGAAUGGCAGCAGACACUUCGAAGACUGGAUAGACCUGGAGCCAGAAGGCAGAGUGUAUGUUGUCAUAGAUCUCUCAGGAUCAUCAAGUGAAGCACCAAAGGAGAAUGAAGAACGGGUGUUUAGAGAACGGAUGCGACCCAGGAAGAGACAAGGAGCUGUACGGCGGAGGGUCCAUCAGGUCAAUGGACACAAGUUUAUGGCCACCUAUCUUAGACAGCCAACAUACUGUUCACAUUGCCGUGACUUUAUUUGGGGAGUAAUAGGUAAACAAGGAUACCAGUGCCAGGUUUGCACUUGUGUGGUACAUAAGCGAUGCCAUGAACUUAUCAUAACCAAGUGUGCUGGCUUGAAGAAGCAAGAAACGCAGGAUGAGGUGGGCUCUCAGCGUUUCAGUGUCAACAUGCCUCAUAAAUUUAGCAUUCACAACUUCAAAGUACCUACGUUCUGCGAUCACUGUGGUUCUUUGCUCUGGGGUUUCAUGAAGCAAGGAUUACAAUGCAAAGUAUGCAAGAUGAAUGUCCAUAGACGCUGUGAGUCCAAUGUAGCACCAAACUGUGGAGUCGAUGCUAGAGGGAUAGCAAAGGUGCUAGCAGAUCUUGGUGUCACUCCAGAUAAGAUUACAAACAGUGGGCAAAGGAAAAAAAAGGGAGAUGUCAUUGUAAAUCAACUGGAGGUUUGGGAAAUUACAAGGCAGAAACAUAAAUACUCAAGCAGACUUGAUUUUAACACAGGUCCUGAUCCACAGCAAACAGCUCCAGGAGCAUCACCAUCUGAUGAAGAUAGAUCAAAAUCAGCCCCAACAUCACCUUCUGAUCAGGAACUAAAAGAACUUGAAAACAACAUCAGGAAAGCUCUUUCGUUUGACAAUAGAGGGGAUGAACACAAAGGAGCAGAAGCAGAUAAACAAGUACUGACACCCGGCGAAAAUGGGGAAAAUGGAGAACUGAGAUCAUUCCAGACCAGGCAUUAUAACUUAGAGGACUUCUCCUUCAUUAAAGUAUUAGGGAAAGGCAGUUUUGGCAAGGUCAUGUUGGCUGAACUGAAAGGUACAGAUGAGGUUUAUGCCGUAAAGGUGCUAAAGAAGGAUGUUAUUCUCCAAGAUGAUGAUGUGGACUGCACUAUGACUGAGAAGAGAAUUCUGGCACUAGCAAGAAGGCAUCCUUACUUGACCCAACUCUUCUGCUGCUUUCAAACAAAGGAUCGCCUUUUUUUCGUCAUGGAAUACGUAAAUGGAGGCGAUUUAAUGUUUCAGAUUCAACGUUCCCGCAAGUUUGAUGAAGCUCGAUCAAGGUUUUAUGCAGCAGAGGUCACUUCAGCACUGAUGUUUCUUCACCAAAAUGGCGUCAUCUACAGAGAUCUGAAACUGGACAAUAUCUUACUGGACGCUGAGGGGCACUGCAAGCUAGCUGACUUUGGAAUGUGCAAGGAAGGUAUUCUGAAUGGCAUCACAACUACAACUUUCUGUGGCACACCUGAUUAUAUCGCCCCAGAGAUCCUACAGGAACUAGAGUAUGGCCCGUCAGUGGACUGGUGGGCUUUGGGGGUCCUGAUGUACGAGAUGAUGGCAGGACAACCACCUUUCGAGGCCGACAAUGAAGAUGACCUUUUUGAAUCCAUCUUGCAUGAUGAUGUGCUAUACCCAGUCUGGCUCAGUAAGGAAGCAGUUAGCAUUCUGAAAGCGUUCAUGACUAAGAGCCCAAAUAAACGUCUGGGUUGCGUGACAUCUCAAGGUGGGGAGGAGGCAAUUAAACAACACCCAUUUUUUAAGGAGAUUGACUGGGUGCUACUGGAACAGAAGAAAAUCAAACCCCCUUUUAAACCAAGGAUAAAAACCAAAAGGGAUGUGAACAACUUUGACCAAGACUUCACACGUGAGGAACCUGUAUUGACGUUGGUGGAUGAUGCUAUUGUUAAGCAAAUAAACCAAGAUGAAUUUAAAGGUUUCUCUUAUUUUGGUGAAGAGUCAAUAGCCUAAGACAUCCUGGUUCUGCCUGACAUACCAAUACCAUGCAAUGGUCUGAGAAAUCUAGCAAGUUUUUAGGAUCGAGUCACUUAGUACUGUGUAGUACCUGUAUUUCCCUGCAGUAAUAAGUGUUUAUGUUUCUACUUUGUUUCAAUUUAAAUUAAUGCACUCCAUGAUUUUAAUUCUUUAUUUUCUGUUUAGAGAUGAUUAUGUUGCCCAUAUUUUCAGCCCUUCAUUGAAGCGGGGCUUGACAGAAGAAACUUGUGUGUGUAAUGCAAACAGUAUUAAAAGUACUAAUUACUAGUAGUACUGCAGGUUCAUUCAUAUACAGCAGGAACUCCAGUACAAGGAAGUGGAAUAGCUGUGUGUCAACAGAGCACGUGAAACAGAACUACAUACCAGAGCUUGACUUGGAAAUUGAAGCUUAGGAAAGUCAACCAUUGGCUGGCUUGUCUUGCCAAUCAGUUGAUUAUUCCACCAGUGUGGAAAUUGCUCAGGCAAAGAUAAAGGGUUACAGAGUGGUUUAUUUUAUUACUUUUUUUCUUUUUGUGGAGAUUUUACACUGUUUUAAAUUGUCACUUUUUGUGCAAUUUUUAGUGAAUUAGGGUGUGUGAAAUCACAUUAAACCUCUGGGUGCUGUCUAACCUGGAUGAAUACUCAACCAAGUAGAUUGUGAGUCAGUCAUGAUUGUGCACUCAUCUCACUGACUUCUCAGUUCUUUGGUGACUGUCCUACAGCAUACAGUGUAAGUCUUGCUGUAACCUAGAUCUUGAACAAUCACAUUGCACUGAAUUGUAGGCUUUAUUUAAAACCAAUGCUUGUCACCAAAACCAGAGUUAUCUGACACAUUUGUUAUAGUAGUGUGUUAAUUUGGCACAUUGCACAAAUUCUUGUUUAUACUACUGCCCCUCAACUGUACUAUAUUUUUUUAAAUGUGUAUCUUAUUUUUAACUAAGAAUUGAGGGUAUGAAUUACACCCAGGCAAUGUAGACAACUGACAAUCAAAUCACACAAAAACUGACAAGAUUAGGAUGGAGGACAUUGUUUUGACCAAUGAAUAAUACUCUGAAAAUUGUGACUCUGGUUAAGGAUAUGAUAAUGUGCGUGUAUGCUAAUAAGCGGUCCUUUCUGGUUGUAUUUUAUUUUAGUACUUCAUGUGUGUGUGAAUGUGAAUAAAUAUAUAGGGAUGUGUGUGUGCGUGUGGGUGGGUGUGUGUGUGUUUGCGCACGCACCGCGUGCCCCUAAAGUCACUUAUAAUUUUACUGGAUUGGUAUCCCAGUCACUGGGACCCACAUUAACUGAUGCAUCUGGAUCCCCAGAUGUAAAGAAGUACUUGUGAGUCGCAAGGUAGCACUAAAAAAAAAGGGCUCUUUGCUUUUUGUACAGGCAAAAAAAAGUUGUAAAUACUGUUUGCUGCAAGGCCUGUGGAGUUCAAUGAACAGUAUCAACUGCUGCAUGUUCAGGCAUAUUAUAUAUAUAUAUAUUAUAUAUAUAUAUUAGUCAUUGAAAUAAAGUAAUUAAUGAUAAUGUCCAUGUGCAAUACUCUGUGUAUUUGUUUAAAUUGCUGUCUAACAAGUUGAUUUUUUGUUGCCCAAUGUCAUUACCUUGUAUUAAGCUAUACUGGAGAUCUUGUAGAAUGCUUCAAACUGCAUUAAGGGUAUUAUUAAACAGGAAGACGGAUAUUAUUGCAGAUGUUUGCAGUGUUGUUACAGUUGCUCUCUUAAGGCAAGUUCGUCAGAGUAGUUUCAAGUUGAAGGGGCAUUUUUAAUUAUUUAUGUGGCAAGAGGCCUUUGUGUAUGCAGAACUUAAAGGUUGAAACAUUUUUAGCAUCCCGUACAUUCCUCAAACUUCAAUCUACUGUUUUAAGCAUGAGACUCAUGGUGAUAUUGAUAUAAAGCAGGCCUUGGACUUAAGCACACUUGUAUUUAGAUUGUACAGUUAUAAGAAAAUAUGACAGGUAAUCAAGUUGGUUCAAUUAAUGUAAUUGGGUGCUUGAUGGACAGUGCAGACUCGGUGGGACAAAGAGUCUCCUUCCGUGCUGUAUGACUCUCUGACUAUGAUUGUGAAAACUUUGCAUGGACAGAUAAUCAUUCCCUCAUUAUCCACUUUUCCUUGACCAUCCAUUAUUGGUUUACAUUCACAAAAUUCUUUAUUACCUCCUAGCUCAAUUAUAAGACAUUUAUAGCUCUUAACUGUGGAAGCAAGUUGUAAAGCUUCCCCGUCUGUAGUUAGGUCUUCUCCUUUCCCACUUCUGCCAACUUCAAUGCAAAAAGAAAGUGGCUGUAUUUCUAUCUCUGUGCUUCUUCUAUCUCAUUCAUUUUCUUUUACAUAGAAGAAAACAAUCGCAUGUCUGCUUUAUGGAGAGCAAUGAAAGGUUUGUCUCCAAAAACAAAGCAAAAUAAAUUACCUCUUUUAACUUAAGUAAUGUACAGAAUGAGUCUGGCUGAAUCAAAAUGUUCUAAGUUUAGUUUCUGUUUUUUUUGUGAUGCUUUGUUUGUACAAAAGUUGUUUUCUUCAUGGAUGUAUUUUAACUCUCCUGCCAUCCGUAGUGUUAUUUCAUUGUAAACCUUAUUGUGUGCCAAAUGUACUGUAUGCAACAGGAUCUAAAUGUGUAAUGUUUGUUUUAAGACCCAAUAAAAAAGUAAGACCCAAUAAAAAAGUACA